ACAACGUAAUACGGGAGCCUUGUUCCGGGCGCAGUAAUAAUGGAACCGGGCAUAUCGCCUCCAGGACCCGAGAUACAGCGUCAUGCCAGCGGGCCAUUCAUCUACGCAACAGCGAUUGUCCUUUUCGCAAAGGAUAACACUUCUCUCCGUAAUCUGUCGUCUUGGUGAGUGAUCCUUGUUGGGGAAAUGAAAAUCAGCCGAUAUUUCUCGAAUUCAGUGGUCUAUCUUCCAUGGCGUCUCUUCGCUUCGUUCUUCACAUACGAGCGCAACAAGAGCUGGCGGCAAAUCUGGUCUUUGGCGGUAUUCAACGUUUUUCUGAUACAUGGCAAAGGAUUACCUAUGCCGGAUUCUCUCAGUAACUAUGAAGCCUGGACCACGACGACUGGUCUGAAACCAUCCGUUGAAGAGCUUUGCAAUGGCGCCAAGCUUCUCUGGGUUGGUCCAAAACGUCUAGAUAAGGUACUCUUUUACUGCCAUGGAGGAGGAUACAAGCUUAGCCUUGGCGAAAAACAGCUCUCUUGGUUGCGUUACAUGCAGCUAGAACUCGAAAAACGAGGUGUCAAUAUCGGCAUUGCCAUCGUUUCAUACAAUCUCCUCCCCAACGCCGUUUUCCCCAGCCAAUUACGCGAGGCAACAGACGGGCUUCAGCACCUCAUAGCAGCCGGCGUCUUACCGGAGAAUAUCAUCAUUGGCGGUGACUCUGCAGGAGGGAACCUCGCACUUCAGCUCCUCUCCCACAUACUCUAUCCCUUACCCUCGAUCGAAGCCCCCCCAGUCCGCUCGGAUGCGCACUUUCGCGGACUACUCCUCGUUUCUCCUUUUGUCGGAGCGAUGGAGGACGCGCAGAUGCCUCUACCCCUUCUGGCGCCCCGACACGAACGCGACUUUAUCCCAGCCGAGUACCACAGCGGCGUCUGUCAGGAUCUUCUCAGGGACGUCCCUAAGGAUGACAUCGCGUACGUGGAUGUAUUAGAGGCGCCAGAGGAGUGGUUCAAGCCUCUGAGUAAAACUGUCAGCCGCGUCCUCGUUACAGCGGGGGAAUGGGAUUUCCUUCGGGAGAAGGGCGAGCGGUUUUAUGAGAGGUAUUUGAAGCCAUUUCAUAGCGAUGCCAGGUUUGUGCUGGAGAAGGGUGGGAUUCAUGUUACGCCGAUAUUUGACUUUAUCGCGAAGGAGAAACGGUUGAGCGAAUUGACGCCGUUAAUGAUCGAGUGGCUUGCUGAUACCAUGAAGGAGUCUUGAUGGAGUUGUAAAGCUCAUAUUGUGACAGAUAUAAGCAGUAGAUACUAUUUAUGCACAGAAAUAUGGUAUUCGAUUCUAUCAUGUUCUCGUAAAACGACUUGUACCCGUGAUAGAGGAGUACUGACUUUACCUUAGUUCGAUACCGAUCGAGAGUAUGGCGUAGGUAUAUCAUGGGCUGAAAUCCCAAUACACGAUAACCACGAACGUAGAUGCGACUCGAAAAAAGCUCCGUAAUUAAUAAUCUCGAAUAUCCUUUG